GGCGCCCAUUUAACCUUUUCGAUCCAUAGACUGGAGUGAUCCAUUGAAUCAUUAGCCUCUGUGUCCGGACUCGUCUUACUGGGGGAGACGUCGAGGCCGGAGGCUACACGAGAGACCCAGAGAGCGACGCAGGGAUUCCUUGAAUAGGGCCAGAUGGAACAUCUCAAGGCUUCAAACAACCUUAAUCACAGCAAAGAUGGCAUCAGUAACUCUUAUGGGGCAAGCAUAAAGGGUGGAACAGGAUGUGAGGAGAAGAGAGCUGCAGUUCAGACAGAGAUUGCUAGAGUUAACCAACUUCCGUCUAAUAGCAGCUAUGCAGUACAUCGCAUGCGAGUGCUGAACAAACUUCUGCAUCUUUUGUCCGUUCAGAGGAGUGUCUCUCAGGAUGAGGAAUUGGAGCUUCUUUUUGCAAGCCUUUCUCUGUGAAGCCGGAGAGAUGAUACAUCCUCUAUUGUCGUGCAAUAAGAGGUUCGUUGUGGUAGUGGAAGUCAUCACUGGUUUAGGUCACAUGUGAUGCUCGCCAUUGGGAUAUGCUCCAAGACUUCUCUCUCUCUCAUAUAUUGACAGUUUUGCUGCGUACCUUUUAGGCUGCCUAUAAUGAUUAACUAGCACACUAUUUCUGUCAUCUCUUUCUAGUGGAAUUGUAAUGAUGUAAGCAUUACUCUUCUUGUGCUAUGCCCAACUCCUAGUGUUAAAACACUGUUCCAGUAAAAUCUCUAAGGUGACCUUGACCAGUAGCUUUUUAA